AUGGCUUCCAAUUCACACCAAUACCCGUUGGUUAAGCUACCACACCCUUAUCUGACCUCAUAUCGCGUGAACACCGAUGGGUCGACACCCGCAAAGCGCAGCUUGAUCCUCGAUGAGCAACCCGCAAAGGGUCGAUCCUUGCCCGAACCGCUGCACUCGGAUACCCUCUCAUGGCUCGACUUGACCUUUAUUCCCAAGACCGAACAACCACCGAUCUCAGAUAACACACCCUGGGGUCGCGCACGUCGCAGUCCCCAGACCGUUUUCCAAUGGUCAGGAAACAGUGCGCCCUCUCUAGGCCAGAUUUGGAAUACCGUCCACGCCAUUUACCUCGGUCACCCAACAAUUGAGUACUUCCGACUUACUCUGUCCGGAACAGGAAAGGAAGUCAUUCAAAACGAGCUCCUGACCACCGGCCUGGCAAUCAAGCACCCGAAGAACCUCCGAGAUAGAGACAACAAGGCCCUUGAAUUCGACGAGUUACUGAUUCUCCGAAGCGCCUUUUGGCAAGGCGCUGCUUCCCCAAUGGGCCCGCGUCCAAUUUGGGUCGUGGGCGAUGGCACAGACGGACCCAUGCGCGAACCUCUAUCCCAGUACCCCAUCAUGCCGGAAAAUUACCAGAUCACAAACAAGUUCCCCGAGGAGCCGGUGUAUACGCGUCACCCAACCCGUCGCCCCAAGCCACACCCAGGAUCAAUUGCGUACAGUCGCUACAUCCCCGAGAUCAACGAGCACUUUUCGCUUGAAGUUGUUGACUGGGAGAGUGCGGAGCAUGUCCAGUUGUUCAACAAGUGGCAGAAUGACCCGCGUGUGGCCGCGGGCUGGAACGAAACUGGCACCAUCGCCGAGCACACUGAGUACCUACGCAAGCUGCACUUCGAUCCCCAUGUGCUGUGCUUGUUUGGACGUUUCGAUGAUACCCGCUUCUCCUAUUAUGAGCUGUACUGGUCGAAGGAGGACCACUACGGAGCGCAUUACGAUGCUGGAGAUUACGAUCGCGGUCGCCACUCCCUUGUCGGCGACUCGAGUUUCCGAGGCGCUCGCCGCGUAAACGCCUGGUACUCUAGUUGCAUUCACUACGUCUUCCUGGACGAUCCCCGAACUGUCAAUGCCGUCGGCGAGCCCAAGGCCACCGGCGCGACCAUCCUGUCGUAUGAGAACGCGCAAGGUCUGACUAUUGGCAAGUACGUCGACCUCGGACACAAGCGCUCGGUGCAUUCCAUCGCCAGUCGCGAAAAGUGGUUUCAAUUGUGUCCUAUCUUCUGGGACGGGCGCGAGCGGCCUUUGGAAUCUGCCGAUCGCGCCGCAUGGAAUGCCAAGCUGUAA